CCGGUAUGUGAUUUAACCAAUAUAUCAUUCUGUAACAAUAACCGGUUUGACUUUCCUAAAUCAUGUUCUCUCUUAUGACUUCCUUCAUUCGCUUCCUUGCCUACACUUUCGCAACCAGAAUUCUCUGUUCUCUCUCUCUUCUCUUCUUUCUCAAUUCUCAUUACUAGCUUUUACAUCAUCGCUUCUCAAUUUAAACUAAAUCUUACCGGAAAUUUCAGCCAGUCCUUAAUCAGAUUCAGUUAACCAGAUAUAGCAAAAGUCUCCAUUACAUAAACCAGAAGAUUUUUCGCCACAGCUCACAAGGGUUGAAUUAAUAAUAAAAAAAAUAAUAUAUGAUGAGUGGAAGAUUUACCGUCUUCUACUUUGUUUUACUUAUAUUCUUUGGAUCAUUUGCUCUGUUUUCCCCGGUCACCGGUAACCUCGCCGGCGACAGACAAGCCCUUCUUGACUUCCUCAACAACAUCAUUUACCCACGGUCUCUAGCGUGGAACGCAAGCAGCCCGGUCUGCGCCACAUGGUCAGGCGUCACGUGCGACAGAGACGGCACACGUGUCACUGCCCUUCACUUGCCUGGAGCGAGUCUUCUUGGAGUGAUCCCGCCGGGAACUAUCAGCCGUCUAUCUGAGCUUCAGACCCUCAGCCUUCGAUCCAACGGCCUACGAGGCCCGUUCCCGAUUGAUUUCUUGCAGCUUAAGAAACUCAAGGCAAUUAGUCUUAGCAACAACAAUUUCUCCGGCUCCUUACCGACCGAUUACUCCACGUGGACGAAACUCACCGUUCUUGAUCUGUUUGGUAACCAUUUUGACGGUAAUAUUCCCGCGGGAUUUGCUAGCCUUACCGGACUCGUGUCGCUUAACUUGGCUGAAAACUCAUUCUCCGGUGAGAUUCCUGAUCUUAACCUCUCCCGUCUACGAAGACUUAACUUGUCCAACAACCAUCUCACCGGAUCAAUUCCAACAUCUCUGAAAAGAUUUGGAAAUUCGUCUUUUUCCGGCAACAACUUAGUUUACGGAAAUGCCCCUCCUCCGGUGGAUUCACCCAAAGGUCCCAAACAUGGGCUCUACAUCUCAGAACCCGCUAUUCUUGCGAUAGCAAUAAGCGGUUGCUUCGUGAUAUUCUUCGCGAUCGCGGUUUUGAUAAUCGUUUGCUAUGUGAAGAGGCAGAGGAGGCAAGAAACAGAAACAGAGAAACUGAAACCCGCAAAGGCAAAUCCACAGAAGCUGAUUAGUGGAAAGGAAGUUUCUAAACUAAUAAAAGAGAAGAAUAUUGAAGACAUGGAGGAUAAGAGCGAAGUCAACAGAGUAAUGUUCUUCGAAGGAAGCAAUCUUGCUUUUAACUUGGAAGACUUGUUGAUAGCUUCUGCAGAGUUUCUAGGGAAGGGCACUUUCGGGAUGACGUAUAGAGCGAUUCUAGAAGAUUCCAGGAUUGUCGCGGUUAAGCGACUGAAGAAGGAUGUAGUGGUGUCACGAAAGGAUUUCAAACAUCAAAUAGAGAUCGUUGGAAACAUUAGGCACGAGAAUGUUGCACCUUUAAGGGCUUACGUGUGUUCUAAGGAAGAGAAGCUUAUGGUUUAUGAUUACUACCCUACAGGAAGUCUCUCUGUUCUUCUUCAUGCAAAAGGAUUAGCUCACAUACACAAACAACACAACCUCGCACAUGGCAACAUCAAAUCUUCUAAUGUCUUCAUGAAUUCCGAAAGAUAUGGGUGUAUAUCAGAAACCGGUUUAGCUGUGUUAACCAACCCGGCUACGAGGGCAGAUUCAGCAACCAGACCGGUACUAAGUUACCGUGCCCCAGAAGUAACUGACACGAGGAGAUCGACGCCGGAAUCAGAUAUAUACAGUUUUGGGAUCUUGAUGCUGGAGAUUCUAACCGGAAAAUCAAGAAUGGAUAAUGAAGAGGAAGCGACAAAUCUGGUGGCAUGGGUGAAUACGGUUUUGGUAAAACAAUGGACAGGUGAAGUGUUUGAUUUGGAACUUGUGAAGACUCCUAAUGUUGAAGCAAAGUUGCUUCAGUUGUUAGACUUAGGGCUGGAUUGUACGAAUAGGGUUCCGGCGAAGAGACCGGAGAUGGUGAAAUUGGUUGAGACUUUGGAGGAGAUUGAGAGGGAUUCUAUAAUAAAUUGUUGA